CGGGGGGGAGCAGAGCGACCAGGGGUGCCAUUUCAGGGCUGGGGAGCGAUGGUGCCCCUGGGCAGCCCCCCUCUUGCCAUCUGCGCCUCCAGCAACCUGCGUCUCAUGGCCCCCGGCCGCGGCUCCCCCCUGGCCUGGCUGAACCGGGGCCCCGAGUGCCCGCGGGAGCUGGGGGGUGGUGGGGGCCGGACCCCCAGCGCCGUGGAGCGGCUGGAGGCCGACAAAGCCAAAUACGUCAAAUCCCAGCAGGUCAUCAACAGCCGGCAGGAGCCGGCGCUGCGGGGCUGCUCGCCCCGGCUCUCCCCCCGUGGCCGGCGCCUCCUCGCCCGCCAGCAGUGUAAUGAGUUGUGUCAGGGCUCGGAGCUGAGCCGGGAGGGUCCCAGGAAGCUGCCGUGCCCCCAGUCCCCUGUGUCGCGCCGGACCGGCGGCAGGCGCCUGCUGAGACCUGACUCCCUCAUCAUCUACCGGCAGAAACGGGACUGCCCGGGUGGGGACAAGGAGAACGCCAAGGGCUCCGGGCUGGUGCAACGCCUCUUCCAGGGACCCCUCAGAGACAAGCCUCCCAUCCCCCCGGCCAGGGGGCUGGGCGAGGGGCCGCUGGCCUCCCAGAGCCCCGAGACCCCCAUGCUGUGGGUGCCUGCAGAGAAGGAGGAGGCGAGGACGCCGGGUGCCAGCAGCGGCGGUGGCAGUGGUGGCAUCUUCCCUCUGCCUGGCAGCCCCAUGGCGCAGCCCCCGCAGCCCCCCGGCAAGCAGGCGCUGGCUCUGCGCGUCUCCCUGCCGCUCUCGGAGCAGGAGCGGUUCUUCAACUACUGCGGGCUGGACCGGGCGCUGGUGGAGCUGCUGGGGCGGGAGCGGUUCGGGCCGGCGGGCUGGGACAACGCCUCGGCUCGGUUCCCCGGCUCCUGCGAGUCGGAGCCCGGGCAGGCCUCGGGGGAAAGCGAGGGGGAAGCAGGGCCAGGCGAGGAAGAGCCGGAUGCCCGGCUGGGCUCCGCCGUCUCGGUGGUGGAGCGCAACGCCCGCGUCAUCAAGUGGCUCUAUGGCUGCCAGAGAGCCUGGGCGGCCGCCAAGGAGUCCACUGUCUGAGCGGAGACAGCCUGGCAGGGGACGAGGACGCCCGUGUGGCUCCCACUGGCUGGACGUGGCC